AAUAAAAUGUGCGGUAUAUUUGCUAUAAUUUCUAAAGACGGUCAACCUAUCGAACCGAAAGUCUACCACGGCAGACUGCACAGUUUAAGAGAAAUUGCAUAUCGUCAGAGUGGCAAGCAACGACAUCGUGGUCCUGACUACACAGGUGUCAAAUUGGUGCAGGAGGAUGGCGUAGCAUUGCUACACGAACGUUUAGCGAUUAUAGGUGUUGAGACUGGAAAUCAACCUUUAUUAUCUGAAGAUGGUAACAUUUUGCUUGUGGCUAACGCUGAAAUCUACAAUUAUUUGGAGCAGUCCGCAGAGAUAGCAAAGAAACGUGGACACUACAAACCCAAAAGUGAUUGCAACGUCAUCAUUGAACUCUAUGAAGAAUAUGGUGUCAAUCUAUUUGAGUACAUAACCGGUAUGUUUGCAUUUGUGCUCUAUGAUAAGCACACGAAAAAUGUGCUCAUUGCACGUGAUCCAUUUGGUAUUAUACCCAUGUAUAUCGGUGAGGAUGCCAGUGGUAAUAUAUGGGUAUCAUCUGAAAUGAAAUGUAUUGCUGAAUUUUGCACGAAAUUGGAACCGUUUCCACCUGGCGAAUAUCGUUAUGGACAACCUGGCAAUUUAGAACGCAAGAAAUUUUUCCAUGAACGUUGGGUAACUGAAAUACCGAACAUUGAAGCUGAUCUAUCUAUUUUGCGAAAAAAACUUGAAUCAGCAGUACGUACACAUUUACAAUGUGAUGUACCAUAUGGUGCACUACUCUCAGGCGGUGUAGAUUCGAGUUUGGUGGCUUCGAUAGCCACAAAACUGCGACGUGAACGUGAUCCAACAUUUAAAUUAAAAACUUUUUCGGUGGGUUUACGUAAUGCACCCGAUUUAAAAGCAGCAAAAUUGGUAGCAGAUUACAUUGGUAGUGACCAUACUGAAGUUAUUUUCGAAAUUCCAGAUGCUUUGGAUAUUAUACGUGAUCUUAUAUAUCAUCUUGAAACUUAUGAUGUAGCAACGGUGCGUUGCAGUAUACCCAUGUUAUUAUUGACGAGGCACAUAAAAAGUACUGGUAUAAAAAUGGUAUUUUCCGGUGAGGGUGCAGAUGAAAUUUUCGGUGGUUAUUUGUAUUUUUUCAAAGCACCAAACUAUGUUGAGUUCCAUAAGGAACUGGUGUCACGUGUGCAACAACUGAACUUGUCAGACUGUUUACGUGCAAAUAAAGUGUCUAUGGCGAAGGGUCUUGAGUUGCGUGUACCAUUCCUGGAUACCGCUUUUGUUAAUUAUGUGAUGUCGAUACGCCCGGAAGAUAAAAUACCGGGUGCGUUAAAUUGUUUAGGUGGCAUACAGAAGAAUCGCAUUGAGAAGCAUAUUUUACGUGCUGCAUUUGCAAAAGAUUUCUUACCCGAUGCUGUGCUUUGGCGGCAAAAAGAACAGUUUUCUGAUGGCGUUGGUUAUAGUUUGAUUGAAACUAUACUGAAAACGGCGAACAGUCAUGUAAGUGAUGAUGAAUUUAGUACAGCUGCGUCACGUUUUCCAAUUAAUACGCCCACUACAAAGGAAGCUUUUCAUUAUCGUACUAUUUUUGAAGAAAUGUUUCCAGGGAAAGUAGCUAUAGAAACAGUAAAACGCUGGUCGCCACGUCGAGAUUGGGGCUGUCCUGAAGAUCCAUCAGGAUUGGUACAGUCAGCACACCAAACACAUCAGUGAUUGCUAUGCAAUUUUUUCAACAGACUAAAGCUUACUAAGAAACAAAUAAUUCUUUUACCAGGAAGGGUUG